CCUGCAGUGCUGGCACCUGCGAUGGCUUUGCUGUGGCUGCUGAUCCUGCUGGCCCUGGCCGGGCCCGUGGGGGGCACCUGGGACACCUGCAGAGGCACCUGCGGGCUCCGGCCCUUGGAUUCCGACCACAGCUCUGCUGGCACGUCCGGUGUGGGUGGCACCAGUGUCCAGCCAGGGGCCUGGCCUGGCAUUGUCAGCAUCCAGGCCACCUGGGAGAACGGCACGUGGCACAUGUGCACGGGUGUCCUCCUCAGCUCCCAGUGGGUGCUCACGGUCGCACACUGCUUCGCCAGGGCCGGGGGCAUCUCCAUGUGGGAUGUGGUGAUCGGGGCCACAGAUCUGAGACAGCCAGGCCCUGAGGCUGUGGUGAGACGCAUCCAGAGGCUGCUGAUGCACCAGCGCUAUGUGCCAGCCACGGCCAGGAACGACAUCGCCCUGGUGGAGCUGGACCAGCCUGUGGAGUGCAGCGACUACAUCCAGCUGGGCUGUGUGCCCGACGCCUCGCUCAGGGUCUCGGAGCUGAAAUCCUGCUACAUCGCCGGCUGGAACUUUGCCAGAGCUCAGGGAACAGGCAUGGUGCUGCAGGAGGCCAAGGUCCACCUCAUGGACACGGAGCUCUGCAACAGCAGCCGGUGGUACGCGGGGGCCGUUCAUGCUGACAACCUGUGUGCUGGGUACCCACAGGGCGGCAUCGACACCUGCCAGGGGGACAGCGGCGGUCCCCUCGUCUGCAAGGACAACAGAGCUGACUAUUUCUGGCUGGUGGGACUGAACAGCUGGGGAAGAGGCUGUGACAGAGCCAGGCACCCCGGGAUCUACACCUCCACUCAGCACUUCUACAACUGGAUCCUGAUCCAGACAAGCCUGAGCCCUGCGGACAUAAGUGGUACAGCACCAGAGCCGAAUUGCGCCCCGACUCCUAAGCCAGAGCUCACCAUGGCUUCUGAGGAGACCCCGACGCCAGGGCCAGAAGAAGAGGCACAAACAGAGCCAACACCAGUGCCAGAGCCGACGCCAGAGCUGGUGGUGCCGGGGCCAGAGCUGGUCACAGACCCAACAUCAGUGCCAGAGCUGGUAACAGAGCCCGAGCCAGUGCCACAGCCAACCCCAGAGCCAGAGCUGGUAACAGAGCCCGAGCCAGUGCCACAGCCAACCCCAGAGCCAGAGCUGGUAACAGAGCCCGAGCCAGUGCCACAGCCAACCCCAGAGCUGGUAACAGACCCGGCACCAGUGCAAGUGCCAGAGCCAACACCAGAGCCGACGCCAGAGCCGACGCCAGAGCCGACGACAGAACCAACGCCAGAGCCGACGACAGUGCCGACAAUAGUGCCGACAACAGUGCCGGUGCCAGAGCCAUCACUAGUGCCAGAGUCGACACGAGAGCCAGAGGAGGAGCUAGAGUUGGUGCCCGAGCCGGAGCCAGAGCUGGUGCCAGAGCCGACACCAGAGCCAACCACUCCCCCGGUGCCCGAGGAGCCGGCGCCAACACCGGAACCGGGUCCGGACAGGCUCCUGCUGAUCUCGGUGCCGUACCAGAGCCUGGUGCAGUUCUGCAACCUGCUGAGGGAUUUCCUGCAGUUCCUGAGGAACCAGCUGGGCUGA